GUGCUCAUGCAUGUUUCAGUGUUACGCGCCUCGAAGCUAGCAUAGAAGUAGUUUAGCUCAUCUGGUAGGCUCGUGUCGCUGGGCAGCUCUCGGCUGUGCUUCCCUUUGUAGUCUGUAAUGGUUUGCAAGCCCUGCCACAUCUGACGAGCGCCAGAGCCGGUGUUCGACUCGAUCUUAGUCCUGUAUUGACGCUUUGCCUGUUUGAUGGUUCGUCGGCAAGCAUAGAGGGAUUUCUUAUAAGCUUCCGGGUUAGAGUCCCGCUCCUUGAAUGCGGCAGCUCUGGCUUUUAGCUCAGUGUGGAUGCUGCCUGUAAACAUUGGCUUCUGUUUGGGGUAUGUACUGUGGGGACGACGUCAUCGAUGCAGUUAUUGAUGAAGCAAAUGACUGAUGUGGUGUACUACUCAAUGCCAUCGGAGGUAUGCCAGAAAAUAUUCCAGUCUGGGCUAGCAAAACAGUCCUGUAGCAUAGCAUCUGCUCCAUCUAACCAUUUUUUUAAAUUGAUCUGGUCACGGGCGAGGGAGAGCUUUGUAUGUGUGUGUGGAGUAUAGGUGGUUCAGAGUUCUUUUUCCUCUGAUUGCACUUUUAACAUGCUGAUAGAAAUUGGGUAAACCGGUUUAACUUUCUCUGCAUUAAAGUCCCCGGCUACUAGGAGCGCCGCUUCUCGGUGAGCGUUUUCUUGUUUGCUUAUGACUGAAUACAGCUCAUUAAUGCUGUCUUAGUGCCAGCCUCUGACUAUGGUGGUAUGUAAACAGCUACGAAAAAUACAGAUGGAGGUAGGUAGUGUGGUCUACAGUUUAUCAUGAGAUAAACGUCAGGCGAGCAAUAGACUUCCUUAGAUAUCGUGCACCAGCUGUUUUUUUUAAACAAAAAUACAUAGUCUGCCGCCCCUUGUCUUACCAGACGCCGCUGUUCUAUCCUGCCGGUACAUCGUAUAACCAGCCAGCUGUAUGUCGUUCAGCCACGACUCUGAAGCAUAAGAUGUUACAGUUUUUAAUGUCCUGUUGGUAGUUUAAUCUUCCGCGUAACUUGUCGAUUGCACGUUUGCAAGCAGAAUGGAGGAAGUGGAGGUUUAUUGGAUCGCCUGCGAAUUCUCAGAAGGCAGCUGGACCUUCGGCCACUUUUUCCGCAUCCUCUUCACACAGAUCACGGGUAUCGGGGCCUGUUCCUGAGGAAGCAGUGUGUCCUUUGCGUCGGGCUGGUCAGAGUGGUGAAAGGAAAAAGAGGAUUUUGCUAGUCCUUGACAUGUCGCGGCGCAGUAUGAGGCUGGUUUUAGGGGGAUACUACCACCAGUCAUCAGAUGAUGAUGAGUCCUCCUCAGUUUCCUACAGGGAGAGCCCCGUGAGGGUUUUUACUAAGAGGAAGACAGGUGGUCGUAAAGUGGCGGCCUCUCGGACCUCCAGCCGGGCCAACAGCGUGGCUAGCACCGCUAGCAGCAAGGGUAGUACAGUGGAGCCACCCAUCAAUGCUGAGGACUACAUUGGGGUCUCAAGCUUGGUUCAGAGAAGGAAGACCUUCCAGGAACCUGCUGCCCCAGCCCCCAGCCUGAACCUGGCUCCCAGCCCCAUGGGCUUCUCGUCCUGCCAGACCGGCCUGAACCAGGCCCAGAGCCAGAGCAGCGCCAUGGACAGCUCUGGUUACUCCUCUUCAGAGGCAAGACGUUACAGAGGAUACUCUGGAGACUCCUCCUUAGGCGAACAAAGGGCUAGCGCCAGCCACAGAUCUUGCACUAACAGGACAAGUGCUAGUGCCAAUUGGACCCCUCCGUUUAUCCCGGCCGAUGUGGGGAAGGCCAUUCUAAUUGCCAUCCUCCUCAUCCUAUUGACCUUCGGCUGCUGGCUCCUUGCCCCCUUGGUAUGGGCCACCCUGACUUCAGCCCUGAAUGCUAUCACUAUGACCCUGAACCGAUCUGUCAUCACCCCAACUCCGCCACCUGUCUUUACUACGCCACCUGUCAAGGCUAUGGAUGGAGCUUCGGUAUUGCCUUCUGCUCUGGAAGCCAAGAUGAACACCAUCCUGAGAGAGAUUGAAAUUCUUAAGAAGAAGGAACACCAGCAGAAAUUUGUAACCGAGAUGGUAGAGAGACUGCAGACAGACUUGGCAGAUGUGAGAACAGACAUGAGGGACGUGAGCGUGAGAGUGGACAGUGUGAAUCCACUGGAUUGGGAGCAUCGUUUGAGCGAGCAGACAGCCGGCUUCAUCAGUCAGGUGGGCGAGCUGAAGGACCAACACGCACAUGUUAAGCAGCGAGUCGCUGCCCUGGAGGACCAGAGUGCCACGCUGGGGAAGCAGGUCUACUCUGUUCAGAACCAGCCUCCUCCAGCUCCCAACCCCACCACAGCCAACACACACCUGACCCCUGAGCUCGAAGAGGCCAUGGCCAAAUGGCUGCAUGAGAAUGUGCCCCAGAAUGAGCCACGGAUGGUGAAAGAGGUUGUGAAGAACUGCAGUCCCCUAUUGGCUGACAGGAUGCCAGACUUUGCCUUGGAGUCCCAAGGUGCCAGUGUUGUGAGCACACGGUGUUCCGAGACGUACCGUACCCGCUCGGCAUGCGUGUCCUUCCUGGGUGUACCCCUCUGGUACCCCUCUGAGAACCCCCGCACUGUUAUCCAGGGUCAGGCGGUGCAAGCUGGGAAGUGCUGGGCAUUCUACGGAGCGCAGGGCACCCUGGUCAUCGCGCUAUCUCAUCCUGCCCACAUCACCCACGUCACACUGGAGCACCUCCCGGUCUCCAACGCUCCCACCGGACGCAUCGACAGCGCGCCCAAGGCCUUCUCUGUCUACGGUAUGUCCACUGAGACAGAAGAUGGCACCUGGCUGGGAACCUUCACUUAUGACCAGCACGGAGGGGCAAUCCAGACCUUCCAACUGCCUAAUCCUACCAGGGCCAUCUAUUAUUUUGUGGAGCUGCGCGUUCUGAGUAACUGGGGUCACCUGGAGUACACAUGCGUGUACCGCUUCCGUGUGCACGGACACAUGGCCUCCUCCUCCAAGUGAGAGACGUUCAUCGUCCACCUCAACCUCAGACCUCCGAGGCUUCGCUUUCAUAUCAGAGCAACGUUCUUUUUGCAUCUCAACAUUAUGACGGACCAUUCUAAAUAAAUGUCUUUAUUUGCCGUAAUCAGGAUGGCUUCCUAAACUGGCUUCUGCCGGGUGUGAGGUCAGAGGUCUGCAAGGUUUUGUUACAAUUUGCAGUUUCAUUUCUGGCAGAGGUAUUGACCUGGCUAAUAGGAGUGUGGGGAUGGGCUUUUGAGAGUUUCAAAUUGAACUGUUUGUGUGUGUGUGCUUUUGAACAUCGAUUAUUUGUUUGCAUUUUAACGCCCGGCCACAGCGGACAAAGAUUUCAGAUUGUACUUUGUGUGUUCAUGACAAUCCCUCCUGGGUUACUGGGAUCUUAUUUUGUUUAAUUCCAUCUGUCUUAAAAUUAUAUACAAAGGUUUAAUUAUGGUUAAAAAGAGCAUUGUUGGAUGUAUAUGUUGCAAGAAUCAAGAUGUAUUGUUCAUUAUUUUAUUAGUCCGAUAAGAAUAAUAUGUUUGUAAAUGAUUUCUGUUGGCCUGAAUGGUUAAGUCUCAACGCACCUUGCCAAUAGGCUUCCUAUUAUAGGAUGAACUAUAUGAUUGUAGAUGCUUUCUACUUUGUAUUUGGUAAUGCACUGGUGUUUCAAUGUCCUUUAUAAUAAGAGAGAGAAAUAGACAGGAAGCACACUGAGGUUGCAACGUAUUUUCUUUCAUAUUUAUAAAAAUAUUUUUUUUUCCUUCCCAAUUUCAUGGUACCUAAUUGGUAGUUACCGUCUUGUCUCAUUGCUGCAUCUCAACAACCCAACCAAGCCGCACUGCUUCUUGACACAAUGCCCACUAAACCCGGAAGCCAGCCGCACCAAUGUGUCGGAGGAAACGCCAUACACCUGGCGACCGUGUCAGCGUGCACUGCGCCUGGCCCGCGACAGGAGUCGCUAGUGCGCGAUGGGACAUGGACAUCCCUGCCGGCCAAACCCUUCCCUAAUCCGGAUGACGCUGGGCCAAUUGUGCGCCGCUCCAUGGGUCUUCCAGUCGGGCUGGCUGCGACAGAGCCUGGACUCUAACCUAGAAUCUCUAACCUAGAAUCUCUAACCUAGAAUUAGACCACUGCCACUUGGGAGGCCUGGAACGUAUUGUCUGAAUUCAAAAAUACAGCUUAGUUUACAUGACUUGCAGCAUUUAUUUUGUCUUUAUCAAUUUUGAUCAGUUUAAUAGUAAAUACAUAAUUGCUCUUACCAAUUUUACUGCAAUACUUGAAUAACUUUCACCUCAAAGCAAUGAGUCCAUUGCAAUGAUGUCUAAAUGUCAGGCUUUUCUACUUCUAAACAUUUGUAAAUAGAAAAAAAGAAACCUUGUACUUUUUGCUAGUGUUUGAUGAAAAUAAUCAGGAACUUUUUUUAUUUCAUGUUUUAAAUCAUUAUGUUUACAAUUACAGUAUUAUGUGCAGCAGUGGUAGCUAUAGACUAACAAAAGACUGAUCACAAAACGAACCUAUACAGUAUGAUUAGCUCUCAAUAGCAUUUUAUUUCGGUAUUGUGUGUUUUUCUGAUGUUACGGCAGUGAAACAUCAUACUUAACGCUGGGUCAAUUUGAAGUUUGUCCAAAUACAACAGAAAAUAAGUAAAUCAUUUCCCCAUAGGAAUGUAGUUCAAUACCUGAAAUGACUGGCUAUGUAUCCACCUCAUUUUCGAAUGCUUUUAAAACACGGAAGCCAUAUGCGGAAACUAUGGUUACAACAAUACAGUACCAGUCAAAAGUUUGGAGACAGCUACUCAUUAAAGGCUUUUUAUUUGUACUAUUUUCUAUGUUGUGGAAUAAUAGCGAAGACAUCAAAGCUAUGAAAUAACACAUGGAAUCAUGCAGUAACCAAAAAAGUGAUAAACAUAUCAAAAUAUGAGUUUCUUCAAAGUAGCCACUCUUUGCCUUGAUGACAGCUUUGCACACUCUUGGCAAUCUCUCAACCAGCUUCACCUGGAAUGCUUUUCCAACAGUCUUCUAGGAGUUCCCACAUAUGCUGAGCUCUUGUUGGCUGCUUUUCCUUCACUCGGGGCGGCAGGUAUUAAUAGUGUUUCAUAUCUCCUCAGUCUAAUAUUAUUCUGUUGGUCCUGUGGGUACCUUUGCCACUGUUCCACCCCUUGUGUGUUGCGCUGUCAUGGUGUAUUUGUAUUUAGUGGUUGGAGCAUUGGGCUAGUAACUGAAAGUUGCGCAAUCGAAUCCCAGAGCUGACAAGGUAAAAAUCUGUCAUUCUGCCCACUGUUCCUAGGUCGUCAUUGUAAAUAAGAAUUUGUUCUUAACUGACUUGCCUAGUUAAAUAAAAAUAAAAAAUUAAACAAGAAAAACAUCCCAAACCAUCUCAAUUGGGUUGAGGUCGGGUGAUUGUGGAGGCCAAGUCAUCUGAUGCAGCACUCCAUCACUUUCCUUGAUCAAAUAGCCCUUACACAGCCUGGAGGUGUGUUGGGUCAUUCUGUUAAAAAACAAAUGAUUGUCCCACUAAGCGCAAACCAGAUGGGAUGGCGUAUCGCUGCAGAAUGCUGUGGUAGCCAUGCUGGUUAUGUGUGCCUUGAAUUCUAAAUAAAUCACAGAUCGUGUCACCAGUAAAGCACCAUCACACCUCCUCCAUACAGAUCAUACGUUCACCUACUCUGCCUCUCACAAACACACGACCUGAUUCACGCAGUCUGCUCUGAACAGUUGAUGUUGAGAUUUGUCUGUUUCUUGAACUCUGUGAAGCAUUUAUAUGGGCUAAAAUUUCUGAGGCUGAUAACUCUAAUGAACCUAUCCUCUGCAGAAGAGGUAACUCUGGGUCUUCCUUUCCUGAGGUGGUCCUCAUGAGAGCCAGUUUCAACAUAACACUUGAUGGUUUUUGCGACUGCACCUGAAGAAACUUUCAGAGUUCUUAAUGUUCCAGAUUGACUGACCUUCAUGUCUUUAAAGUAAUGAUGGACUGUCGUUUCUCUUUGCUUAUUUGAGCUGUUCUUGCCAUAAUAUGGACUUGGUAUUUCGGCAAAUAGGGCUAUGUUCUGUAUACCACCCCUACCUUGUCACAACACAACUGAUUGGCUCAAACACAUUAAGAAGGAAAGAAAUUCCACAAAUUAACUUUUAAUGCACACCUGUUAAUUGAAAUGUAUUCCAGGUGACUACCUCAUGAAGCUGGUUGAGAGAAUGCCAAGCGUGUGCAAAGCUGACAUCGAGGUAAAGGGUGGCUACUUUGAAGAAUCUCAAAUAUAUUUUGAUUUGUUUUAACACUUUUUUGGUUACUACAUGAUUCCAUGUAUUAUUUCGUAGUUGUGAUAUCUUCACUAUAGAAAAUAGUAACAAUAAAGAAACCCUGGAAUGAGUAGGUGUUUCCAAACUUUUGACUGGGACAUAUAUAUAUAUAUAUAUAUAUACACAUAUACAUAUAUAUACACAUAUACAUAUAUAUACAUAUAUAUAUAUCUAUUACACACACACUGACUGACUGUGUAUGACAUCUUCUCUGAAAUUGAACGGACACAUUUUUUGGGGUUACUUUUCUGCAAUAGUGCUCUUUGACAGGUACAUGAUCAGAUGUUUAAAAUUGGAACAUACUGUACUUAACCAGGUGUGUGUGUUAUAUUGGCACGAAAUGGGAUAAAACAUUUUGAAACAGGAAGGUAGUACCGGAAGUUGUUUUAAGAAUUCAGAAUUGUUUUGUGUUGCAAAAUUAUUGCUACAUUGUAUCCAACUGAAUACGGCACAGGUGAACAUAAUGCUCAUGAUAUUGGUUAGUAUUUAUUUAACCAUGUGCAUAUCAAACAUAAUUGAAUGAAGGACAUUGUGUUAUGAGUUUUUCAAAUUCUCAGUGGUCUAUAUGAUAUUUAUUUGCUAUGGAUCAGGUCAUUGAUAAUGCAUCAAUAUUGUACCAUGUAAUUAAUGUAGGGUAAUGUAAAAUGACUGCAGAAGUCUUCCCUUGGACUGUUAAAUCCAAGUCCAGGCACUCGUGUGGUUUGAAAGUUAAAAAAUACUUUAAUUUAUGGGCUACACCAUUAUUAAAAUUGUAUCGGCUUACUGUGUCUGAUACAAAAUGGAGGAGAUGCAGUUGUAUAGCCUCGACUCACUUUGUAUCACACACCCGGAUGAAGGCCUAAGCCGAUGCGCAUUUUAAUAAUGUUGUAUCCCAUUGAUGAAAGGCUUCCUAAAGUUCAAACCCACCAGGUUCCUUGACUUUGAUUGUUUAUGCCACUUAUCACUUAUUUGACGUUAUAAUAUUCCCAUAUGCUUUUCAAUUCCUAUUCCUCUCAAAGGGCACCAGUGGUUGUUUUGUAAUACUUGAAGCGCUUCUGCUCGGCUUGUUUUUUAAGAUGUUAUAGACAUUGGAGUGACAAAUAAAACUUUUCAACCCUGUUGCUUUUAUCAAGCGGCAA